AGGCUGACAGUUUAUAGAUAAGUAUCGCUGUGCUGUGUUGUGUUUAGUUAAUAUUCGGAUUGCCGGUUAUUGCGAAAUUCAUCUAUACCGCCUACACGCGAAUUAUAAAUAAACGUUUUAAAGUGAAAUCUGUGAUUCUAAUCCGUAAACAUGACAAACGCGCCAGUUAAAAAAGUACCGAUACACUUGCAGAGCUCUCAGAAUCGUUUGCUGAUCAAGAAUGGGCGGGUUGUCAAUGAUGAUGGGAUGGAAGAAGCUGACGUGUACAUUGAAGACGGCAUCAUCAAACAAAUGGGGCGUAACCUGAUAAUCCCUGGUGGUACCCGCGUGAUCGACGCGACUGGCAAGCUUGUGAUGCCGGGAGGAAUCGACCCCCACACCCACUUCGAGCUGGAGAUGAUGGGUGGGAAGACAGCUGACGACUUCUACAAGGGAACCAGGGCUGCCGUCGCUGGUGGUACCACCACAGUCAUGGACUUUGUGCUGCCCCAAAAAGGACAGUCACUUAUUGAAGCCUAUUCUAACUGGAGAAGUAGAGCCGACAGUAAGGUUUGCUGUGACUACGCUCUGCACGUGGGCGUGACCUGGUGGUCGCCUUCAGUUAAGAAAGAGAUGGAGCAGUUGGUGAACGAACAUGGAGUGAAUUCAUUCAAGAUGUUCAUGGCCUACAAGGACGCGUGGAUGCUGGAUGACUAUCAGCUGAUGGUUGCUAUGGAAACUUGCCUCGAACUGCGAGCACUGCCUCAGGUUCACGCGGAGAAUGGUAGCAUAAUAAGCCGUAACACGGAGAAGCUACUGGCGGCGGGAGUUACUGGACCUGAGGGUCAUCAGCUCUCCAGAGAUGAGGAGGUUGAGGCUGAAGCUGUCACCAGAGCCUGUGUCAUCGCUAACCAGGCCAAUUCUCCGCUGUACAUAGUCCACAUGAUGUCGAAAAGCGCCGUGCAAGCGUUACGUAUCGCGCGCACUAAACAAAGACCACCAGUGUAUGGAGAAACCCUGGCUGCAACCAUCGGUACUGAUGGAAGUCACUACAAGAAUGCUUGCUUCCGGCACGCAGCUGCUCAUGUGUUGUCACCACCGCUGCGACCUGACCCGUCCACCCCCGAAGCCAUUCUCCAAGCUCUUGCUGACGAUGACUUGCAGCUGAUAGGCAGCGACAACUGCACCUUCUCCGAGAAAGAGAAAGAACUGGGCAAGAACAACUUCUCCAAGAUUCCCAACGGAGUCAACGGUGUGGAGGACAGAAUGAGUGUCUUGUGGCAGAAGGGCGUCAACUCUGGUAUAAUGGACCCGUGUAGGUUCGUGGCGGUGACCAGCGCCAACGCCGCUCGCAUCUUCAACCUGUGGCCCCAGAAAGGGCGGCUGGCUGUCAACAGUGACGCCGACAUCGUGGUGUGGGACCCCCGUCUUGAACGGACAAUUACCGCCGCCAAUCACAAGCAGGCGGUCGACUUCAACAUAUUUGAGGGUCUACGCGUGGUGGGGAGCCCACAGUAUGUUGUGGUGAACGGCCGCGUGUGCUUCGAUGAUGGCGAACUGAGGGUAGUUGAAGGAUUGGGCAAAUAUUUGAAGACUGAAGCAAACAGCCCGUUUGUGUACGGAGGGGAGGUACCUUCUCGCUCUCCGGUCAACGAGGCUCCUCAUGACAUAGAGAGGUCAACCAACGGAACUCCUACUCAUGCUGUGUCGCGUCCAGGUGAUCUGCUUCUGGUCAGCAAACAGCUGGAGGGCAUGUCGGUGACGUCAUCCGGCUGCAGCACGCCGACCGGACGCAAGAUGAGAGAGGCAGGAGUGAGGAACUUGCAGAACUCCACGUUCUCAAUCAGCAAGGAGAUGGAAGGCCUAGACACAAAGACAUCGGUCCGCGUUAGAAACCCGCCCGGCGGGAGAUCUUCCGGUCUCUGGUAAGAACCGGUUCAAACCGCUUCGCGCACCGACUGACGUCCCAUUCGCUUAACAAUAUUAGGACUAACAUUGUUUAAUUUUAAAUUAUUUUAACUUAAGUUUAGUUAUACAGAUAUGUUUGUGGAUGUCUAAGUUAUUACUGGAAUGCUUUACUCGAAGUUUGUGACUUAUUUAAUUUACAUUUUUUUUGACAAUUUACCUACCUCUUGAAAUGAUGAUGGGAAUCGAAGUAUUAUGUGGGUGUUACGCAAAAACGUUCGGUGAUUUAAAUAUGUAUUCUAUUGUUACUGUCAUAAGUCAGUAAACUGUUUAAAUUUAAAAGUAAAGUUGACACCUGAGCUUCUAAGGUUCUACUCUAGCCAAUUGUUACUAGCUUAAUGCUUGUUCUUUAUUAAAUCCUUGCACUUUUUAUAUAUUGUAUACAUUUAAGACACGUUUAAGUCGAGGUGAACUGCGGAAAUAACAAAGUUAUUAUAAAAGCUAUCUAAAUGUGAGGGUGAAGUAUUAAUUAAAAACAAAGAAAAACAAAAUUUGAACCAAAAUUGAUUAAAGAUGCGGGACUCUAACCCGUGCCUCUUGGGUUUAUAAAUUUUGGUUACAAAUUUUAAUCGUAUAAUUAAUCCCAGAAGUGAGGGAUGUCACUAUAAAAUAACAAAUUGUAAAGACAAAGAAUUAACUAAAAAAAAAAAAAAUUAAGUAAAGAUAAAUAAAAUACUUUUUGAUUGUAAAAUUAAAUUAUUUCCUAUUGAUUAUUCAUAAAUGCCUCGUCCAAAGUAACUGAUAUUGAAGGGAGUCGAGAUAAGUGCGUUCGAGAUGCUUGAAGCCGAAAACUGUCAUAACUGACAUCAGACUUAAACUUGUAAUUAAUACUUAAUUACACAAGCUUGAGCUUAGAACGUGUUUCAGUAAUAGAAAUGUUCUAAAAUAAUGUGAAACAGUAUUGUCGUACAUUGCUGGUUGAGUAUUACAAUGUUCUAACUCAUAUUGACCGAAAUCGCGAUCUAAUUUAGCUGAAGACGCCGUCCUGAAAGACUGAUUUCGGUGAAUUUUGUUUCGUGGUUAUUAUCAAAUUUGUUAUGGAUAGCAUAACUCAUGGAAGUUUGACAUUUGAUAGUUUCAGGAAAAACUACGGGAAAUUUUGACGUUAUAAAAACAUAAGUAACAACAGCAUAUAAUCUUUUUGUAUUUGUGUUGAUUACCUUAACCAAGCCUAUACCUACAAAAAUCAGUAGAAAAAAAUUAUGAAAUUACGUUAAUCUAUGAAAUAAUUCGGUAACUUAUAAAUUUAUUUAUCCAACUUUUAGCACGUUAUUUUAGAAAUAAAAAAAAAUAACACAAUAAUCUUAAGUGAUUUUCCCAAUAUAAAAAAUUACUGCACAAAAUAAUUUUGUUUUUGGACGGCCUCUUAAGCUAUUAAUAAUAAUAACCGGUCACUGUAGUGUCAUCCCUUUCUCUCUAUUGGUGUUAUUAUAUUGUAUUUCAUCACGCCUCAAUUUGAACGUAGUUUAUUAACUUUAACAUAUUCAUCUAUUUCCCGUCCUUAAUUGUUUUUAAAAACAGAACAGGCAUUUAAUUCGCUUUUACACGUUCUCUCUACUGAAGCGGAUUGUUUUUUUUGUUAAGCAAGCGUUGUAUAACCAAUAUUUAGUGAAAUAUAAUCGGUAGCUUGAAUGACCAAAGUAGAGUUCUACUUAGUUUUGUUAUAAGUUAGUUUAAGACAUGUUUUUAUUGAAUAGUCACUUUCAUAUAUUUACCUCUUCAUAAUAGUUAUUUGAAAUAUUUUCAAUUGAGAUCAAAAAUGUUUCUAUCUGCGAUGCUUUGCUGUUUACUCUUCGAUGUUAUGAAUAAUAACCACUGAUUGUAAUACUUAUUAUAAAUAUUAAGAAAAGCAGAUAUUAUACUCAAACAAGUAAAUCAUGUAAUAUGUACCUAGUUGAUAUUAUAUUCUAUAUCCAUUGGAAACUGUUAUGACGAAAGCCAAAUCUAAGAAAUCGGUACAAAUUUUUUUCGAUACUUUUGUCUACUAGUCCCUACAUCACAUUUUUAUAGUGUUUACAGUUUUCUAUGUUUAUGCAUUGUCACAAAUAAAACAAUGUAAUAUCUA